AGCUUCCCCUCAGCGUUGGGGGGGUAGUGGAGGCGGCGCCAUCUUGGCGGAGCCGUGCCGGGAGCUGCGGCGCUCGCUGAGCGGCGUGUCCGGUGAUUUUUGCUGUGGGUUGAGCUCAGCAUGGCUGUAGUCAUCCGUUUACAGGGGCUUCCUGUUGUUGCGGGUCCUCCAGAUAUUCGUCGUUUCUUCUUGGGAUUGAAUAUUCCUGAUGGAGGUGUGCAUAUUAUUGGAGGAGAGAUUGGGGAGGCUUUUAUUAUAUUUGCAACAGAUGAAGAUGCACGGCGUGCCAUGAGCUGUUCGGGAGGGUUUAUCAAGGACUCGCGCAUAGAGCUCUUUCUCAGCAGCAAGGCAGAGAUGCAGAAUACCAUAGAAAUGAGCCGGAAACGAUUUGACCGUGGGGGACGAGAAACUAUGUCUGGCUCUAGAAGAACAGGUACUAAUGGUUCUAGUACAUCAAGUAUUGGAGAUAUACCACAUUUAGUUACAGCUUCCCCAAAAGGAAUAAGGAAACCUAGUUACGGGCCACCAAAUCGCUUGGAGGCUGGUUUCCAUACCAAUGGCACAAGAUACGGUGAUAUGGGUAUACCUAAGUCAAACUAUCAUUUAAGAAAGGAUUCCCACCCGUUUAACCCAGAUGAUAGUUACCUAUUUCUACGUGGUAUACCUUACUCUGCAACAGAAGUUGAAGUACGUGCUUUCCUUUCGGGGAUUCGCGUGGAUGGAGUGAUUCUGAUAAAGCACCGCAAUGGUUUAAACAAUGGUGAUUGCUUGGUAAAAUGUGCUACACCUGGCGAUGCCUUAGAAGGACUUAAACGUCAUAGACAAUAUAUGGGUCAAAGGUUUAUAGAAGUUAGUCCAACUACAGAGGAACGGUGGAUUGAAUGUGGUGGGCGGAUAGACAUGCCAGAUGAAAUGGAUCACUUUUUGUGUGAAGACCAUUCUCCAAGAAGUUCAGGCUACGUGCAUUCAAGCAAGCAUUCUCGUUCAAGAUCACCAAGGAGACAAAGAACACAUUCUCGUUCAUCUCCUACCCAGGAAUAUUACAUACACUUAAGAAAUCUAUCUUUUAAUGUGGAAAAGAGAGAUUUGAGAGAUUUUUUUCCUGAACUGGAUAUACACAGCAAACAGAUCAAAAUUCUAACAGAUAAGCAUCAGAAAAGGACUAGAGAUGCCUUUGUGGUCUUAAGGAGUGAGAGAGAAUAUCAGGCUGCUUUGGAAUGUCACAGAAAGGUUCUUCUCAAUCGUCCUGUGUACAUUUUUCCAAUUUCAAGAAAGUCAAUGUUGAAAAUAAUUGACUCUUGUGAGCGGAAAAGAUCACCAGACAGAGAUCAUCUUGGACAGGCCAUAUCAGAAAAAAGUUACCGAGAAAGUCAUUCCAGCCCUAAAAAUUGUGUUUAUGUAAGGAAUUUUCCGUUUGAUGUGUCAAAAAUUGAAGUGCAGAAGUUCUUUUCAAGAUUUGAUAUUGACGAAGAUGAUAUUUACUUGCUCUAUGAUGAAAAAGGAGUUGGACUGGGAGAAGCACUAGUGAAGUUUAAAUCUGAAGAACAAGCUAUGAAAGCAGAAAAUUUAAAUCGUCAAACGUUUUUGGGAACCGAAGUGUUAAUAAGACUCAUAUCUCAAGAUCAGAUGCAGAAGUUUGGUGUUGCUGCAUCGUUAUCUGCACCAAAUGAAAUGCAUGGUCAUUCACAUCCGUAUGACAGAGGUGACCUCUCCCGUCCAGUUGGUUCACCAUCUGGGCCACCACAAGGGCCACCCAUGCAUUCUUUUGGUCCUCCUGGGAACUUCAGGCAUCAUUCUGAAUUUAGACACCCCCCUGAGGACUUCAUGUGCCCUCCUAAGGAUUUUAGGGGUCCACCACCCCUCAUGGAUUUUGGUGGUGACAGUGAACCUUUUGGUAGAAUGGAGUUUGGGAAUAAUAAAAUGGGAAAUUUUCCUGAAGGAAGAUUUAUGCCAGAUCCAAAUUUCAGUGGUGGUUCUGAACGUGUUGUUCCUAUUCUGUUGAAAAAUUUACCUUUUAAAGCUACUCCUAAUGAGAUUCUGGAUUUUUUCUAUGGCUAUAGAGUGAUACCGGAGUCAGUUUCUGUGCAGUACAAUGAACAAGGAUUACCUUCUGGUGAUGCCAUUGUUGCUAUGACAAACUAUGAGGAAGCUAUGGCUGCUAUUAAUGAACUGAAUGAUAGGCCCAUUGGUCCACGGAAAGUUAAGUUGAGUUUGCUGUAAAGGAGGAAAAGAUGCUCUAAUAACACGUUCUAGGUUUGACAGUAUUGACAGUUAUUUUAACUUUUAAUUACUGGAAGAUGCAAAGCAAUUUCCAUCAACGGUUGUAAAUACCUAGUUCAGUUGUUUAGCUCUUGGUUGAAAUACGUGUAGGACAUUGAAUGUCUUACAUCAAGGUAUAAGAUGAUGGAGUUGUAAUGCUUUGGGUUUUUUUUUUUUUAGAUUAAUUCCAGUCUUAUGUCUUUGCACCAAAUAAAAACAUAAGUGCUGGUUGACUGACCACACAAACGGUUCAAAUAGAAGAUUUUCAGUGCUACCUGCAUUAAUAAAUGACACUUCUUAUUGAGGUUAGCUUAAUAAAAUUUAAAAAUUACUGAUUUUUUUUUUUGUUUCUUUUUGUGUAAACUUUUCAGGUUUUAUUCGGUUUCAUAUGUUUGCAGGCAUUCCUGUUUAAGAGCUUGCUGUUCUUAUUAGCUGGCUUUGCAACUUUUUUAAAAUAAAAAGGAAAUUGCCAUUUAAAUGUGUGUCUUAUAUUUAAAACCUGUUUAGUUAAUGAUCUCAAUUAUUAUGCUCAGCAGAUAUGGGUCUUCAUGAGAACGAUGCUGGCUGCUUCAUCUGGAAAGAGUGAACUGGUAGUUUGUCAACACAGCAAAGGAUGGGUAGUUGACAGAGCUUGCAGAGGCUGUAUUCAUCAGUUAGGCUUUUUUCUCACUCACUGUAGUACCUUGAGGCAGAAAACAAAUGUUGGAAUUAGAUCAAGAAUUCUGACUUCAGUGGUUUGGUUUUAUCUUCACAUGCUGCAUAAUAUGAAUACUAACUGGCUAAUGAUGUCUGGAUGCAUUCCAGGUCAAUCUGUGAUUAGUUUUUACUAACAUCUGUCACUGGCAACCAAGCUGACAAGCGUUAUUUUCUUAUGUAAUAAAAGAAAUGCCUAUGUCAGCAUUUAGAACAUGUUGUUUACAUUGGUUUGUUACCAGCAUGUUUAAAUUUUAGGAAGAAAUAAAAGCUUGGAAAAGCUGUGUCUUCAAAAUUAAGGCUUAGUAGAAAACUUUGAUUGUGUGGGCAAGGACUUUCAUUGACAUUACAGCUGUGCAAGAUAGUAUCUGUAGUACUAAAGGAUUAAGUCUCAGUCUCCUCAAACUGAGACAACAGAGUUGCAACUUGGCAGUGAAAACUUCUAACCUUUGCUUGUUCAAUAACCAGAAUUCCUAAAUUCAUGAAGUAGGGAGGUUUCUAUUCCAGUUCACUCCCCAGAGCAAGUUUUGGCUUGAAUGGGCUACUCAAGGCCUUGUUUUUAAUAAAAGCAUCUGUAAUAGCUUUUAAAUAUAGUUAUUAAAGCAUCUUUAACUUUUUUUAAAGAUGCUCUAAUAGCUUUAAGGACAGAGCUGUCCAGGCAGCCUUUCUAGUGAAUGAUCCCCCCUCACUGGUGGUCAAAUCUUUAUUACUUCAUGUGAAGUCAUCCUUGUGAUUGAAGAACUUCCAUGCCAACUGUUUGAUAUAAGAAAGCAAAAAGAAUGGGAUUUUUUUGUUCUGUAAUAUUGAAAAGGUUAGUGUAGCUUUAUUUCUUCUGCAUAUUAUUUAUUCUGUGUUUUAAGUGCCAAGAAAAAAACUUUUUGAAUGAUAUGCAAGGUCUGUAUAAGUUGAUUCCUCUGAGCAAAGAAACAUAAUGGCCAAGUUUUCAACUUUGAACAGAUCCAGUUUUUUUGCUUUCUGGUAGGAAUUAGCUUCAGAAUUACAGAGUUUUGAAUCCUCCUCUGAACUUAAAAGGAAUUAAAACCCAACAAUUUUGUGCUUUAUUUAAUAGCUACUUUAAAAGAGAUCAAGGAGCCAGAAGAUGCUGCAGGAAAAAUACAGACAUGAGAAUUCUCAAAAUAAACUUCCCUGACCAUCAUGUUGAAAACUUCAUUGUGACUGUUUUUGUAAACUACCAUCUUUUACUACUAAGCUGUGUUGAAAAUGCGAAUACAACAAACUUCUCCAGUUAAUCAGUUUUAGAUGAUUUGUUGAUUUUUAAAGUGCUUCUAGUUACUACACAGUAGAUUUCAAACUUGGAGGUUGGAAAGCUAAGAGAAUUUAAUAGGUUUCUUUGCCAGUAAAGUGUGAGAUUAUCUUUUAGAAAAAAACCUGCCUGCAGGUUUUUCAGAAAAGUUUAAGAGUAAUUGCUGAUAAGAUACCAUUAGUUUUUCAGAUGGUAAACCUUCCCCUUCCUGCCCCCCCCAGUGAACAUAUAAAAAGUAUUAUAAAGCUUGUAAUGGCAGAGGUCAUAAUUAAGACAUUACAAAAUGGUCUUUUGUUUGUCCUGUAGCUGAUUUGUAUUUAAUUUAAAGCCAGAUUAGAGUUUAUGACUACUUUAGGUUAAUCUGAAAUGUUUGAUUGAUAAACUAAAGAAAAAUUCCUUUUUCACAGUCUGUAAAGGGCUGUAUCUCCAAGUACGUACAGAUGCACUGAAGGAUAGGAAACUUGGGAAGGGAUGCCAGUACAUCAGCUAAAUAACAAGGUUCAUAGGACAGCUGGUGCUUAGUUUAUAGCUGUUAUCUAGUUGGUGUUUUGGGUCUGUGUGUGUCCAUAUGCCUCUGUUCCCCCUGCCUCUCCAGACGGGGCAUUAUAUUCUGAUUCUGCCUGAAUAGAUGGUACAGGUGCAUGAUGUGAUGACAGCAUUUCCUGAUUGCAGGGUUUUAUAAUAUCAGAUGUUUAGUGGUUUGGAGGCUCUGUAUUUCCAGUACAAAGGACAAAUCAGAGACUGCCUAUAAUUACAUGGCUUGAAAUUCUGGGCUUCUUUUUUAAGUACCAUAGAUAUAGUAAGAAGUAAUAAAUGAAAUGCUAUAUUUGGUGAUAGCUAUAUAAAACACGGGAAGUUUCCUUAGUUAUGUUUUCUCUGAAGUUGCUUUUGCUACCAUUGUCCAAAAAUUCUGAUGUAAAAGAGAGCAGUUUCUGUUGUUAACAACUAGAAAUAGUGAUCACCUAGGAAAGCAGCUUGAGGCAUUUAGGGAAGGUCUAACAGGACAGUCUGAUGAGUACCCUUAAUCCCUAAGGAAUGUGCCAGUGUGUUCAACAGAGAGGCAAAACAGUCUAGGCAAGAAUGGAUACAAGUCUGCAUCAUCAAGGCCAGUAAUAAAAAAUACAAAUGAGCAAAUAGAGUAACUGCAAGUCAGCUUUGCAGCAUGCACUUGUACAAUGAGAAAAUUCUUUCAGAAGGAUCUUUAGGUAAUAUUUAAUUCUUUACUAACAUCCUAAAUUGUUAUUCUGGCUUCUACUUCUGAUGAAGUAUUUUAGUCAGGGACUUUUCAUCUGUAAUUUUGAGGUUACAAUUUCUGUGCAACAUGCAAAGUUAAGACAUCAUGCACACAGGACAAAGUUGCCCAACACUGUACUUUUCUGGAAGUUUUUCUGUGAUUCCUGGAGUUGACUUCUUUGUGAUGUAGGGAGAAUGAAUUUUAUGCUUGUGAACUGCAUAAUCUUUUAGAGGGCAAUUUAUCUAAACAAAACUGCCUUUUUUUUCAGAAUUGCUUUCUGAAGGCAUAGUACACAAAUACUUGCUAUUUGUAUCUAUGUAUAUGAUAUGAAAACCUGAUUGUAAUGAAGUUAGCCAUCUGUUUUGGAGAUGGACUACUUCAUUGUGUAUGAAAUGGUAAAGUGGUGAGCACCAGAAUACUGAUGUGAUAUUACUAUUUAUUGAAGAGCCUUGGUUGCUGAAAUAGAUGGGAAUUAAUUACACAGAUACUUUAAAAAGUUUUGCUCAUUGGUAUUUACUCCUUGCCAGCAGUAAUCCAAUGUCAAUGGUAUGUAGUGCUGGUGUAAAAUUAUUUUUUGGGUUUAAAAUAAGCCUAUAUUGCGAACUUUUCAUUUAUUUUCAUCUCAUUAAUUUUUGGCAAAACCUGUUUUUUCACAUCAAAACAGGUAUGCAUUGCAUACUUUGCAUUGGUGGACAAAAAGUAGCAUCAAUAUUAUAAAUGUACUUCCUUUUUUUUUCUGUA